UUUAAAGAGUUUGUUUAGUUUCAGGUGCGACCCAGACUCCCUCACCAGCACAAUUUCUAAAAUCAUGGCCGAGAGUGAGCAAAUCGUCUACAUCAGCUGCGUAGAGGAGGUACGGUACUCCUUCGUCAGCCACCUCUCCGCAGCUCUCCGCCGUAAAGGCAUACACGAUUUGUUCAUCGAUAGCGACGAUCUGCUUUCCGACGAGUCUAAAUCAAAGAUUGAGAGAGCCAAGGUCUCUGUGAUGAUUUUACCCAGUAACCGUACGGUAUGCCUUGACAAGUUCGUGAAGGUUCUCGAGUGCCGGACGAACAAAGAUCAGGCCGUGGUUCCGGUGUUGUACGGCGUCAGAUCAAUAGAGAACCUAUGGGUUAGCGCGUUGGAUUCGAAGGGCUUCUCAUUAGUCCACCAGACCAGGAAAGAAUGUAGUGACUCCCAACUUGUAAAAGAGAUUGUGAGAGAUGUGUAUGAGAAGCUCUUUUCUAUGGAACGAAUUGGGAUCUAUCCGAAGCUGCUGGAGAUUGAAAACAUGGUUUCCAAGCAACCGUUUGGAAUCCGCUGUGUUGGAAUUUGGGGUAUGCCUGGCAUAGGCAAGACGACACUUGCUAAAGCUGUCUUUGACCAAAUGUCUGGCGGAUUUGAUGCUUCUUGUUUUAUCCAAGACUAUACCAAAGCUAUUCAAGAGAAGGGUAUCUAUCGUUUGCUGGAGGAACAGUUUUUGAAAGAUAAGCCCGGUAACAUUCCGAAAUUGAGCUUGCUUAGAGACAAGUUGAACAAUAAGAGAGUUCUUGUUGUUCUUGAUGACGUGCGUAAUCCAUUGGUUGUGGAGUCUUUUCUUCGAGGGUUUGACUGGUUUGGUCCCAAAAGCCUAAUCAUCAUAACCUCCAGAGAUAAACAGGUGUUUCGCCUUUGUCGAGUCGAUCAAAUGUAUGAGGUUCAGGGUUUGAAUGAGAAAGAGGCUCUUCAGCUCUUCUCUUUGUGUGCAUCUAUAGACAACCAAGCAGAGCAGAAGCUCCACGAGGUGUCAAUGAAAGUGAUUAAGUAUGCUAAUGGGCAUCCAUUAGCUCUCAAUAUUUAUGGCAGCGAGCUGAAGGGUAAGAAAAUCCCACCAGAAAUGGAGACAGCAUCCCUCGAACUCAAGGAACGUCCUCCAACUAAGUUUGUUGAUGCAAUCAUGAGCUGCUAUGACACACUCAAUGACAGCCAAAAAAACAUUUUUCUGGACAUUGCUUGUUUCUUUCAGGGAGAAAAUGUCGACUACGUGAUGCAACUGCUUGAGAGUUGUGGUUUUUUUCCACAUGUUGGAAUCGAUGUUCUUGUCGAGAAGUGUCUGGUGGCUAUUUCAGAAAACCGAGUGCGGAUGCAUAACUUGAUCCAAAAUGCUGGCCGAAAAAUAAUAACUAUAGAAACAGGACAGACUAAGAGGCGCAGCAGACUGUGGGAACCUUGGUGCAUCAAAGCUUUAUUAGAAAAUAAUAACGAACGAAAAGAAAAUGGAGAACGAGAAACAACUUCCAAACAUGCUUUGGGCACUGAAGAAAUCGAAGGCAUGUUUCUGGACACAUCAAACUUAUGUUUUGAUAUUGAGCCUGCUGCCUUUGAUAAUAUGUUGAACCUUAGAUUGCUCAAGAUUUAUAGUUCCAAUCCUGAAGUUCAUCAUGUAAUCAGUGUCCUCGAAGGUUCUCUCUAUUCUCUUCCUAAUGAGCUAAGACUUCUCCAUUGGGAGAACUAUCCUCUGCAAUUUCUGCCUCAAAAAUUUGAUCCUAUACACCUUGUUGAAAUCAACAUGCCAUACAGUGAACUUAAGAAUCUUUGGGGUGGAACCAAGAACCUGGAGAUGUUAAGGACGAUCAGGCUUUGUCAUUCCCAGCAACUAGUUGAUAUUGACGAUAUUUUAAAAGCUCAAAAUCUUGAGGUAAUUGAUCUCCAAGGUUGUACAAGACUGCAGAGUUUCCCAGCCGUAGGUCAUUUACUACAUCUACGAGUUGUAAAUCUCUCAGGUUGCACAGAGAUCAAAAGUUUCCCAGAGAUUCCCCCAAAUAUUGAAACACUGAAUCUACAGGGGACUGGCAUAAUAGAAUUACCACUUUCCAUUGUUAAGCCAAACUACAGAGAGCUUUUGAAUCUUCUGGCUGAAAUCCCGGGUCUUUCAGGUGUCUCAAACCUUGAGCAAAGUGAUCUCAAACCUUUAGCAAGCCUGAUGAAAAUGAGCACAUCUAAUCAAAAUCUUUGCAAGCUUAUUUUCUUGGAACUGAAAGAUUGUUCUCGUUUGCGAAGUCUGCCAAACAUGGAUAAUUUAGAACUUCUUAAAGUUCUUGAUCUUUCUGGUUGCUCAGAUCUUGAGACUAUACAGGGUUUCCCACGGAACCUGAAAGAGUUAUAUCUUGCUGGUACUGCAGUAAGACAAGUGCCACAACUUCCUCAAAGUAUAGAAUUCUUUAAUGCGCAUGGUUGUGUCUCUCUCAAAUCAAUUUGUUUGAACUUCGAGAAGCUUCCUGUGCAUUACUUAUUUAGUAAUUGUUUUGAUCUUUCUCCGCAAGUGGUCAACGAUUUUUUAGUGAAAGCGCUGGCUAAUGCAGAACACAUACCAAGAGAGGGUCAGCAGGAACCCAAUAAAGCUCUGGCUUUCAGCUUCUGUGCGCCGUCACAUGCGAAUCAGAAUUCCAAACUUGAUCUGCAACUAGGAUCUUCUGUAAUGACACGACUAAAUCCUUCUUGGAGGAACACACUUGUGGGCUUUGCUAUGCUGGUGGAAGUCGCAUUUUCGGAGGUUUACUGUGAUCCUACUGGUUUUGGCAUUAGUUAUGUUUGCAAAUGGAAAAACAAGCAAGGCCAGUCUCAUAGGAUACAAAAAAAUUUACAUUGUUGGGCUCUAGGGAAAACUGUUCCAAAAGUUCAAAAGGAUCAUAUGUUUGUCUUCUGUGAUGUCAACAUGCUUCCAAGUACUGAUGAAGAAAAUGACCCUGAUAUCUGGGCUGAUUUAGUUGUUUUUGAGUUCUUUCCUGUCAACAAACAGACAAAGCCUCUAGAUGUUAGUUUCACAGUGACAAGAUGUGGAGUCCGUGUAAUUACUGCUGCAAGUUGCAAUACAAGUCUCGAGAAUAUAUCACCAGUUUUGUCCCUGGAUGCGAUGGAGGUUUCUGGUAAUGAAGGUGAAGAAGUAUCUAGAGUCAGUUAUGAUGGUUUACAGGAGAUAGAUAAAGCUUUAUUUCUAGCGGGACAAGUAUCUAGAGUCAGUUAUAAUGGUUUACAGGAGAUAGAUAAAGCUUUAUUUCUUUGCAUAGCGGGUUUGUUCAAUGACGAAGGUGUUGGUUUGGUGGCACCACUUAUUGAUAAAAUUAUUGACAUGGACGUUAGCUAUGGGCUGAAGGUCUUAGCUGAUAGGUCUCUCAUACGUGUAUCAACCAAUGGGGAAAUAGUUAUGCAUUGUUUGUUACGUCGUGUGUGUAAAGAAAUCCUCCAUACAGAAUCUAAGAAGAUUUUGAGAUUGGGAGAUAAUUCCAUGAUCAAUACAAGGAAAAUUAUGAAAACUCGGUAUGUACACGAUAACUCAUUGAUUCCCUCAUAAACACUGGUCACAAAACUAGCGUUAGAUUACAAUAUAGAUUACAUGGGUUUUAAUAUAUAAUAAUAUUUAUUGACGAUGGAUGCACGAAGGAAGAGAAAAAAGAUAAGCAAGCAGCUUUGAACUUCAUGUAAUCUAUAUUGUAAUUUAACGCUAGUUUUGUGACCAGUGUUUACAAUAUAGAUUACACUGGUCACAAAACUAGCGUUAGAUUACAAUAUAGAUUACACUGACCAGCAAAAGAGAUAAACACUAGUCAUAUAAUAAUAUUUAUUGAAGUUGAUUUGGCGAGUGGUGUCUAAAGGUGACUCUCUAUGGGUUAAAUGGGUUCAGACAAAUUUGUUAAAGGGGGCAUCCUUUUGGUCGGUGCCAGAGACUAUCAGUGUGGGUUCUUGGAUUUGGAAGAAGCUUCUCAAAUACCGGGGUAUAGCAACAACUUUCUGUAAGAUUGAUGUGGGGAAUGGACAAAGCAUCUCUUUUUGGUAUGAUUGGUGGUCGGAUUUGGGUAGACUCAUGGAUGUGUUUGGGGAUCGAGGGGUUAUUGAUUUGGGGAUAAGCAAACAGCUUUCCUUGGCUGAAGUGUGGGUUUCACGUCGACAUCGGCGUCGACACAGAGGCGACCAACUUAAUGCUGUAGAGCAGGCUCUGGGUUCUCGAAGGGACCUGCGUCGGGAAUCAGAUGAUCAAGUCCUAUGGCAAGGUCGGAAUGAUGUGUUUAAGACGACGUUCUCAACUAAGGAUACUUGGAAUCAUAUCCGAACUAUGGCUAAUACGGUCUCAUGGCAUAAGGGGGUUUGGUUUACGCAUGGCACACUAAAAUUCUCUUUCUGUGUAUGGUUAGCUGUACAAGAUCGUCUUCCGACAGGGGAUCGAAUGGUUAUGUGGAAUGGGACUGCUGCAGGAAAUUGUGUUUUCUGCAACUCCAUGUUAGAAACGCGAGCUCACCUUUUUUUUCUCUUGCUCUUUUGUCUCUGGGGUGUGGUCGGCUCUCGCCAAGGGGCUGUUUAAGGCUCAUUUUUCUACGGAUUGGUCUGCUGUCAUGGCUCACCUAUCGCUCUCCACUCUCCCCCGCGUUGAAGGUUUCCUCCUUAGGUACGUCUUUCAAAUGGUGGUGUAUACUAUUUGGCGUGAACGCAAUGGCAGAAGACAUGGUGAUCUGCCACAUUCUGCUACAUAUUUGGUUGGAUGGAUUGAUCGGCAAGUUCGGGAUCAGCUCCUGGCGAUUGGACGGUUGGGGGAUCGUCGGUAUGAUGAGGCUUUUCAAGUGUGGCUACAGGCGUGUUUUUAGUUUUCUUUUAUCGCUAAACUCUGUUUCAAUCUUUUAGUUUUCAGCUAUAACCUCUAGUGCAGCGUGUAAUUUUUUCUUUGAAUAUAAUUUAA